UGACCCACCGGCAAACCAUAGACUUACGAAAGUUGAAACUGGGGAGGGGGGAAACGUGAAGAGGGAUACUGAACUUCGGGUAGACUCUGGCUUUGGAGGAGUACACGCGUCCUGGUUCGUUUCAGACGUUACUAGGGGGCGGGGGGAGGUUUUGGCAGCGGGGUGAAAGGGAGGAAGGGGGCAGUUGUGGGUCAGAAGCGCCUCCCUCGCUUAGCCCAUCCCAGGCAGGUAGGAGCGAAGGGAACAGGGCUGGGAUUCAGUCCUUGUUGUUGUUUGUUGUUGUUGUUGUUUGUUUGUUUGUUGUAGUGGUGUUUUUUUGGUGUUUUUUUUUUUGAAUGGAUUCCAUUAUCCAAUGUUUAUUAGGGUGGGAAAGUUUAGUCCAUAAAAAAAGACCCUUUCUUUCUCAACCCCACCACCCCCUCCCCACAACAAGACAAUCCAAUUUAAGUCACGGUGGUGCCAUUAUUUACUUAUUUAAUGAAAUUUAUAGACCGCUUGAUUGUGAUGCUGCAGCAAUCUGCAAUAACUGCAGCUUCCAGCUCAAAAGGCACCCUCCCGAUGUCAGACAGUUGGCAUUGUUAUUGCACUCUCGGUGCACGCUAAGGGUUUUCCACUGGCCGGGUCACAAGAGUCAAACGCAAUACUGAAAGCAGUUUGAAAUGAUUAUAAUCGCAGGACUAAGAAAGUGCAGUUAGAAUGAAAUGAGAUGAGUAACUACACAACCUUUAGAAGACACCCGAAGGCAGCCCUGUAUAGGGAAGUUUAUUUAAAUGUUUAAGGGUUUAUUAAGAUUUUAUAUAUGUUGGAAGCCGCCCAGAAUGGCUGGGGCAACCCAAUCAGAUAUUAAUAAUAAUAAUAAAAACCUGUGUGGCACUGUGGGUUAAACCAAAGAGCCUAGGACUUGCCGAUCAGAAGGUCGGCAGUUCGAAUCUCCGCGACGGGGUGAGCUCCCGUGGCUUGGUCCCUGCUCCUGCCAACCUAGCAGUUCCUAUUGCAAGUAGAUCAAUAGGUACCGCUCUAGCGGGAAGGUAAACAGCGUUUCCGUGUGAUGCUCUGGUUCGCCAGAAGCGGCUUAGUCAUGCUGGCCACAUGACCCGGAAGCUGUAUGCCGGCAAGCAAGAUGAGUGCCACAACCCCAGAGUCGAUCACGACUGGACCUAAUGGUCAGGGGUCCCUUUACCUUUACCUAUACCCCGCCCAUCUGGCUGGGUUCUACCAGCCACUCUGGAUGGCUCCCAGCAGAAUUAAAAGCACAAUAGAACAUCAAACAUAGACAACUUCCCUAAACAGGGCUGCCUUCAGAUGUCUUCUAAAAGUCAGAUAGUUGUUUAUUUCCUUGACAUCUAAUGGGUCGGUGUUCUACAGGGCGGGUGCCACCACUGAGAAGGCCCUCUGCCUGGUUCCCUGUAACUUGGCUUCUCGCAGGGAGGGAACCGCCAGAAGGCCCUCGGAGCUGGACCUCAGUGUCCGGGCAGAACAAUGGGGAUGGAGACUUCUUGGCAGUUCCCUCCCUGCGAGAAGCCAAGUUACAAGGAACCAGGCAGUGGGCCUUCUUGGUCAGAUGUCAAAGAGAACAACAACUUUUAAAAGACAUCUGAAGGCAGCCCUGUUUAGGGAAGCUUUUAAUAUCUGAUGAAUUAUUGUAUUUUAGUAUUUUGUUGGAAGCCGCCCAGAGUGGCUGGGGAAACCCAGCCAGAUAGGCGGGGUAUAAAUUGAUGAUGAUGAUUAUGAUGAUAUAAUCAUCAGACAUAUACUGAGCUAGGUAAACUGAGUAGCCAUAAUGAAAUUUCCUAUAUACAUCAGGACGGCAAAUCCCAUGAAUAAAGCGAAAGAGUUCCAGUCCUUGCAUAUAAUUUUCUCCCCUUUUGUUCCAGGUCUGCGCAACCAGUUUUUGUGAAACAUGCAGAAGAUUGGGUGUUAGGCCUCGUCCGUCUCAAGAUGGCGGUGCCCACGAGUGAGUGCUGUAAAGUGCUUGGAGAUGCCCAGCUCCCGGGCGGAGCAUCGCCAUACGGGAACUUCCCCGAUUACUCUCGCUUCCACCCACCGGAGGGACGCAUCCAGCUCUUGCCCAGCACGUUGCUGAGCCAGCUGUUCCCUAACCCACGUGCAAAGCCCCUUUUGGGGCUGGAUGUGGGGUGCAAUUCGGGGGAGCUCAGCGUCGCCCUGUACAGGCACCUCCUGGGGCUUCAGGAGACCCAAGCCUGCCAGGAGCACCUGAAUGAACUUCGCCUUUUCUGCUGCGACAUUGACGCUGGGCUGAUCGAGAGAGCCAGGCAGCAGAACCCCUUCCCUGCCUCUGUUUCCUACGCCGUCCUCGACAUCAUGGACCCCGACGCAAGGGAGACGGUGUUGAGCUCCUACCUAGGCAACUUUGGCCACUCCACGUUUGACAUUGCCUUCUGUAUGUCCGUGACCAUGUGGAUCCACCUCAAUCAUGGAGACUGUGGCCUGGUGACGUUCUUGUCUUAUCUUGCGUCUAAAAGCACCUACUUGCUCCUCGAACCCCAGCCGUGGAAGUGCUACCGGUCCGCUGCCCGGCGCCUGCGGAAACUGGGCAGGCACGACUUUGACCACUUCCGAUCCCUCGCCAUCAACGGGGACGUGGCUGAGAGGAUAACCCAGAUCUUGACCACCGACUGUGGCAUGGAACUGGUGUCUUGCUUUGGAAGCACGGGCUGGGACAGGAGCCUCUUGCUAUUUAAAUCAAAAGAGGCUCAGGAUCUGGUGUGACUGAGGACGGCAUCUGGCUGGAGAGAAUAAGAGGGGAGUGUUCUGGGAAAGGCUAAUUGUUAUCUACAGUUCUGUGACUGCACUGAAAGUGAGGUAGAGAGGAGUCCAGUUCAUUUUGUUGUUUCAUUAAGUACUUUGGUAAAAGGUUCCCAUUCUUCUUUAAAGUCACAGUUGUCCUUAUCGUGUAGUUUGUGCAUCAAUUUCGCCAGUUAGAUAUAGUCCAUCAAUUUCCCUUGCCACAGUUCUUUUGUCGGGAUUUCUUCGUUCUUCCCUCCUUGUGCUAUUAAGACUCUUGCCGCCAUUGUCGCAUACAAACGGCCUCGGCCCAGUAUACCUGAAGGAGCGUCUCCACCCCCAUCUGCCUGGACACUGAGGUCCAGCGGCGAGGGCAUUCUGGCGGUUCCCUCCCUGCAAGAAGCAAAGCUACAGUGGUGCCCCGCAAGACGAAUGCCUCGCAAGACGAAAAACUCGCUAGACGAAAGGGUUUUCCGUUUUUGCGUUGCUUCGCUAGACGAAUUUCCCUAUGGGCUUGCUUUGCAAGACGAAAACGUCUUGCGCUUUUUUUUUAAAGCCGCUUGAAGAGGCGCAGUUGCAACGGACUGUGCUUCGCAAGACGAAAAACACCGCAAGACGAAAAGACUCGCGGAACAAAUUCUUUUCGUCUUGCGAGGCACCACUGUACAAGGGAACCAGGCAGAGGGCCUUCUCGGUAGUGGCACCCUCUCUGUGGAACACCCUCCUAUCAGAUGUCAAAGAGAUAAACAACUACCUGACAUUCAGAAGACAUCUUAAGGCAGCCCUGUUCAGGGAAGUUUUUAAUGUAUGACAUAUUAGUGUAUUUUUUGUAUUUGUGGAAGCUGUCCAGGGUGGCUGGGGAAACCCAGCCAGAUGGGCGGGGUACAAAUAAUAAAUUAUUAUUAUUAUUAUUAUUAUUAUUAUUAUUAUUAUUACAUGAAUAUAUUCUUCAGUUUCCUUGGCAGGUCUUUUCCUACAAUCCCUAACAAAAAUGCUUCAGAUUUUUUUUACAAAUGUUAAUUGGAACAUUUUCUUCAAUUCAUUGUAUAUCAUUUCCCAAUUUUUUAAAAUUUUGUUUUGAAUAAACGAACACAAAUUUAUUAUUGGUAACAUAUAGGCAGAUAAUUUAAGGAUCUUUACAAUUUUAUAAUAUGCAGAGAAUAACAUGUGCUGAAAAACCAGAGAGAGGAGCUGAGGGAAGUCUGGGUGGUUUUUUC